CAUUAAAACCUUUGACAACGACAGUUUGAUAAAACCGCCAGGCGUCAUUCAUAACAUUUUUACCGGCACUUUAAUUUUUCAUUGUUCUAACUUACUACUGUUCCCAUUAUAUACGAACACAAAAUGGAUAAUAACGAUGCAGUUGGACUUGAUGACAAUGAAACAGCAGGACUGGAGGACGAAAAAGUAGUUACAAUGAUGGACGUGUUAAAAGAACAAGAAGAUUUUGAAGAAGAUGCAAAUGCCGUGCUCGGAGCUUCUGACGAUAAAAAUUGCACUUUCUUUAUGGGCUACAUCAAAAGACAAGCUAUAUAUGCUUGUAUGACUUGUAAUUCUGAUGCCAAAGAUGAUCCUUCUAAGAGAGCAGGUGUUUGCUUGGCUUGUAGCCUUAAAUGUCAUGAGGAUCAUGAACUUGUUGAGCUUUAUACAAAACGAAACUUUCGAUGUGAUUGUGGUAACCCUAAGUUUAAGUCGCAUCCUUGUCAAUUUACUCCAAAUAAGCAAGAUUUUAAUGAGGAAAACAGUUACAACCAAAAUUUCUCUGGACUGUACUGUAUUUGUCACAGACCUUAUCCAGACCCAGAUGUAACUGAAGAAGAUGAAAUGAUACAGUGCAUUAUUUGUGAGGACUGGCUCCAUUCUGCACAUCUUGAUGCUACUGUCCCUGAUAAUGAUCAAUAUGCAGAGAUGAUAUGUAAACAAUGCAUGGAAAAAAAUAAUUUCCUGCAUAACUAUGCAGACCUUAUUGUAAACUCUGAAGCGGAUGUUACUGACAUAAGCAUGAAUGCAUUAUCUAAUAGUGGUGCAAAUGAGACUAUUAUAAUGGAUACUACAAAUGAUUUGUCUAUAAACAAUAUUGAAAAUCUACAAGAAAGCAUUACUCCACAUAGCAAACAUACUUUUGUUGCAGAGGUUGAUGGAGGAGAGGAUGACACUAAUAAAAAUGAUGUAUUAGAAAUAAAUACACUAACUAAGGAAAAAGAUUAUGUUAAUAAAUCUGAACACACUGACACCAAUAAAUACAAUGAUUCAAUGAAGGCAUCCCAAACUCAAACUAGUAUUGAUAAUAAUGUAAUGACUUCUGAAAAAAAAUGUCCAAAUGUAGAGAAAGAGCUGGUUACCUUUGUCAAUAAUUUAGAAAAUGAAAAUAUUACAGACACUAGAGAAAGUAACAUGGAGCUUUCUGAAGUAUCAGAUAAUUCAGAACAAAAAAAAUCUGUAGCAAAUAGUAAUGAAAAUGAAGCAAUUGAAAAUUCAAAAUUAAAGUUUAAUGAGUCAUCAACAGUUUUAAAAACUGACAAUAGUAUAGUACAAGAAAUGGAAAGUGAUUCUGUAACUGGGAACCUUGAUAAAAAUGCAUCUGUUGAACAGAUUAAUGCAAAAGGAGAAUUACUAGUAACUGAUACUAGUAUUUUCAAAAUAGACAAUGAAGGUAUCAAACAAAUAAAAGCAACAGAAACUAAAGAAUUAUCAAAAGUUGAAUUGAUUAAUUCUAAUGUAGAGGGAAAUGAAAAAGUAGCAUCUACUAAAUCAACUGAUGACUUGGAAGAAGAUAGACUUCUUGAAGAUCCUGUAGAACCUGCAAUUGUUCCAGAAAACAAUGCUACUCAGGUUAAUAGUGCAACUGAUGAAACAAAAACAGAAGGUAUAACCACAGUUCCAGUGACAGAAAAUAAUGUAGAAACUUCACUAGAAAAAGAUACUGCAGAUGCAGAACCACAAUUAAAUGAAUCUAGAAGUAAUGCAAACUCUGGUGAUAAUACAUCUGCAACAGAUAAUAACGCGGAAGAACUUCCAUUGGGUACUAUACAUAAAAAUGAAAGAAUAUGUGAAAAAAUGGAUGUGAUUAAUGAUACUGAUUCUUCCAAGAUUCAAGUACCUAUGGAGGAAAGUCAGAAACCUGAAUGUAAACGUAAGCUCAGUAAGUCAGUUGAAGAUCAGAUAGAUGAUUUAGAAUCCAAAAAACCAAAACUAGAUUUAAAACCUUGUAUUAAACCUCAAAAAGUGAAACAAAGGUACCAAGGUGCUACAUUUUGGCCAGUACACUUUAGGCAGAAACUAUGUAUUUGCAAUGAAUGUCUAUCUAUGUAUAAAGAUUUAUCAGUAUUAUUCCUAAUAGAUCCUGAAGACACUGUCAGUGCAUAUGAGCAUCUAGGAAAGGAAAAAUCUAAUGGAAAACCAGCAUCUGAAUAUGAAAAAGGAUUAGCAGCUCUAUCUUCAUUAGACAGAGUCCAACAAAUUAAUGCACUGACUGAGUACAAUAAGAUGAGAGAUAAAUUAUUAGAUUUUCUGAAGAGUUUCAAAGACCGUAAAGAGGUAGUUAAAGAAGAAGAUAUUAAGGCUUUCUUUGCUGGGAUGAAACCAAAACGGGAACCUGAUGGAGUUUACUUCUGCAGAUAAGAAUCUGCUUAUAAUUUCCACUCUCAUUUCUUAAUUUUUAUCUAGCAGUAAGACUUAACUUUGGUUCAAAUGAUAUUUGUCUAAAAUUGCAAUUAUAAACAAUUUAGUUUUAAAUUAUAUUUUACUAGUCUGGUCCAAAACAAGAACAUAGUAACAAUAUUUGAUUUGUCUCUCAGCUUUUGAAGUUUAUUUUCUUUCAUUUUUUUGCCUCUUCAAUUAUUGGAGGUAAGCAAUAACAAUUAAAAAUAUCUCUGAUAUUAAAACUUCACUUUUUUCUAUUAAUAUAGAUAAUUUCUUUAUUUUAUUGCUCACACACAUUGCUCGUAUUCAGUACUCAAUAUCUUUUUUAAACCAUCAUCACAGCUGUCUCACAAGCAUCCUUAUUUAUUAUCAUUAUUUCACCAUUUGUAUGUAAUAUAGAAUAGAGUAAAAAAACAUAUAAGGUAGAAUAGUUUAUUAUUAAAAAAGUAUUGCAAUCACGCGUAUAGAAUAUCGUAAUGGCCAGGUCUAUAUAGCAAGUGGACAAGGGGCUUUGAACCUUCCGGAAAAUCGUGGGCGAUUACCUGAAAAUAUUUCAUAAAAUGAAUCAUAUCAUAUAAUACAUCAAAUAAAGCUGUGUAAACCAGCUAGUAAUGAAGGCAAUAUCAAUUAUCUAUGAAUUCAUUUCAGAAUUUAAUGUUUCAACAAUAUCUGCACUAUAUGUAGAAUAUACCAACAAUUCUUCUUCAAAACAACUGUAUUGUACAAUCAAAACUGCUUGGAGUUGUUUCUACAUCUGUAGUGCUAUAAUACAAGUCUUACGCAACUACAAAUACACAAACUUUACAAAGCCGA